AUUACUACACCUGAAGAAUUUGUACGACGUUUUGGUGGCACCAGAGCUAUUGAAAAGGUGCUAAUAUCAAAUAAUGGUAUCGCAGCCGUAAAAUGCAUGACAUCCGUUCGUCGGUGGUCCUACGAAAUGUUUGGCAACGAAAGGGCCAUCAAAUUUUGUUCCAUGGUAACUCCAGAUGAUCUUAAGGCUAAUGCUGAAUAUAUCAAAAUGGCCGAUCAUUACGUCAUGGUACCUGGAGGAACUAAUAAUCACAAUUACGCUAAUGUUGAUCUGAUUGUAGAAAUUGCCAAGAGGACCAAGUCUCAAGCCGUUUGGGCAGGAUGGGGACACGCUUCUGAAAAUCCUAGAUUGCCUGAAUUAUUACAUAAGAACGAUAUAGCUUUUAUAGGACCACCCGAACAUGCUAUGUGGGCACUCGGAGAUAAGAUCGCAUCGUCGAUUGUUGCCCAAACUGCCGGAGUGCCUACAAUGCCAUGGAGUGGCUCAGGUACACUCAAAAUUGAUUGGGUAGAAGAAGAUGUCGCAAAAGGAAAAGUAGCGGAAGUUACAGAUGAAGUAUAUAAGAAGGGUUGCGUUACUACGGUGGAUGAAGGUGUUAAUUCUGCCAACAAGAUAGGCUAUCCUGUAAUGAUUAAAGCAUCUGAAGGCGGGGGUGGUAAAGGUAUCCGAAAAGUGGAAAGCGAGAAAGAUUUUCCGACACUUUUCAGACAGGUUCAAUCUGAGGUUCCUGGUUCGCCAAUUUUUAUUAUGAAGCUGGCUAAAUGCGCUCGUCAUUUGGAAGUGCAAAUCUUAGCUGAUCAAUAUGGUCAGGCUAUCUCUUUGUAUGGUCGUGAUUGUUCGGUUCAAAGGCGACAUCAGAAAAUUAUCGAAGAAGCACCAGCGGCUAUUGCCCUUCCUGAAGUCUUUAGACAAAUGGAAAAGGCCGCUGUAACCUUAGCAAGAAUGGUACGGUAUGUAAGUGCGGGAACUGUUGAGUAUUUAUACACCGAAGAAGAUGGAUUUUAUUUUUUGGAACUGAACCCUCGUUUACAGGUAGAACAUCCAUGCACAGAAAUGGUAACAGAUAUAAAUUUACCAGCUGCCCAGUUACAAAUCGCUAUGGGUAUACCAUUACAUCGAAUUAGUAGCAUAAGGAAUUUUUACGGAGAAAAUCCUUUAGAAGAUACCCCUAUUGAUUUUUCAAACAUCGAUAAGCGACUUCCUCCGAAAGGGCAUGUCAUUGCCGCACGUAUCACAGCGGAAAAUCCAGAUGAGAAUUUCAAGCCUAGUGGGGGAAUGAUUCACGAGUUAAAUUUCCGGAGUAGUAAUAAUGUGUGGGGUUACUUUAGUGUCAUUGCGUCAGGAUCGAUCCAUGAAUUUGCGGACUCCCAAUUCGGCCACUGCUUCGCCUGGGGUGAAAAUAGAGAAGAUGCAAGAAGGAACAUGGUUGUUGCUCUCCAGAAACUUUCAAUUCGUGCGGACUUUAGAACUACAGUCGAGUACUUAAUUAAAUUGAUGGAAACUGAUGACUUUUGUAAUAACGAAAUUAGUACUAGCUGGUUAGAUGCGCUUAUAUCCAAGAAAGUGAAGGCGGAAAAACCCGACAUUAUGCUGGCCGUUAUUACUGGAGCUCUUCAUGUUGCUAGCAAUGAUAUUCAGAAGCGAUACUCCACCUACGGAGCAUCUUUAGAAAGAGGGCAGGUCUUGCCCGUCAACCUGCUGACUAAUACAGUUAAUGUCGAACUCAUUCACGAUCAUAUCAAAUACGAACUGCAGGUUACGCGAUUAGGCUUGUCACUCUAUGCUGUCGUUAUGAAUAGCUCAUAUAUUGAAGUCGAAGUGCAUCGAUUGAGUGAUAGUGGGCUGUUGAUAUCAUUAAGAGGCAAUAGUUACACGACAUAUAUAACAGAAGAAGUCGAUAAAUACCGUGUUGUGAUUGGCGGUAAAACUUGUAUUUUCGAAAAAGAGAGUGAUCCAACCAUCCUACGGUCCCCAUCUGCAGGAAAGUUGGUACAGUUCUUAGUUGAAGACGGUGGCGCAAUUAACCCAACUAUUCCUUAUGCUGAAAUUGAGGCAAGACUUACUCAUUACAUCCAAUCCUUGCUAGUAAUGAAAAUGAUAAUGUCCUUAAUCUCUACAGAAUCUGGAAAAAUUCAUUAUGUUAAACGACCUGGCGCCAUUCUUGAACCAGCGAGUGUUUUAGCAACACUAGAACUUGACGAUCCAAACCUUGUUAAAAAGGCGCAACUUUUUACCGGAAAGUUUACAAAUGAGCAAUAUUCAAGACUAGAAGGGGCCCAAGUUCAUCAAAUAUUCAAGGCAUCACUGGAAUUAUUAUUAAACUUGAUGGAUGGCUAUUGUAUACCUAAAUCACAUUUCAUUAAGAAGCUUGAAAAAAAUAUUGAAACAUUAGUCUCUUGCCUCAGAGACCCGGCUCUUCCACUACUUGAACUAAAGGAGAUCAUGCAUACGAUGUCUGGUCGCAUACCUGCUUCCAUUGAAAACGCUAUAAAUAAGGAGCUUGCUAUUUAUUCUAGUAAUAUCACAUCUGUAUUAUGUCAGUUUCCAAGCCAGCAGAUUGCAAACAUAAUUGACGCACAUGCAAGUACGCUCACAAAAAGAGUAGAUCGAGACUCUUUCUUUUUAAAUACACAAACAAUACUGCAGCUUGUGAGAAGGUACCGAAAUGGUACUAGAGGGCACAUGAAAUCGGUUGUCAUAUCUAUGCUUAAGAAAUAUAUUGAAGUAGAAACUAUUUUUAAUCAAGGCAAUUACGAUAAAUGUGUGGCUGCAUUACGCGAAAAAUACAGCGAUAAUCUAUCUCUAGUUGUCACCAGCAUUCUUUCACACUCACAAGUUGCCAUGAAAAAUACCGCCGCUGUGAUGCUAAUAGAUCAUAUUUCCUCUAAUGAAACUGGUUUGACUGAUGAACUUAUUGCAGUAUUAUCGGAACUGACCAAACUUAACAAUCAAGAAAAUGCUAAAGUGGCUUUGAGAGCAAGACAGGUACUAAUUGCUGCUCAUCAGCCCUCGUAUCAAUUACGACGUAACCAAGUAGAAUCGAUUUUUCUUUCCGCCAUUGACAUGCAUGGGCAUCAGUUUUGCCCUGAUAAUCUGCAAAAACUUAUAGUAUCGGAAACGUCAAUAUUUGAUGUUCUACCGAGUUUCUUUUACCAUGAUAACAAUAUAGUAAAAAUGGCUGCUCUUGAGGUAUAUGUAAGACGAUCGUACCAAGCCUAUGAAUUGAAAAGCUUAAAGCAUGAAAAACUCAGUGGUAAUAAAUGGUUGGUAGAAUUUCGAUUUCUUCUUCCGUCCAGCCACCCACAUCGGGUUUCGAUGAAUAUAAAGAGAACGAAGCACCUGAGUGAAGACUUGUCUAGUUAUGCAGCCAAAGACGAUUCUCUACCGCCUUGUGAAAGAAUUGGUGCUAUGACCGCAAUAAUGAUCUUCUCUGAUCUUUUCAGGAAUUUUGCUGCAAUAAUUCGUCGUUUUCGCAUCGAUCCCGUCAGUCCUAUGCGAUCUGAAGCUAGGAAAGGAUUAGAACCUUUGUGGGAAAAUCAAACUUCUCAUCUCUACUCUGACGAGCCGAUCCACAUAAUUAAUGUUGCUAUCCUGAAGAUUGAUGCAUAUAAGGACGAUGCUUUGGCUACUAUGUUAGAAAAAUUUGUACAUGCAAAGAAAAGUGAACUUAUCGAAUAUGGAAUACGUCGAAUUACUAUUCUUAUUAUUGAAGAGGGUGGAUUUCCAAAGUAUUUCACGUAUCGCGCCAAUACAAUUUUUCAAGAAGAUACAAUCUACCGCCACCUAGAACCAGCCUUAGCUUUUCAACUCGAAAUUAGUCGAAUGCAAGCUUUUGAUAUAGCAUAUAUAACAACAGAUAAUCCUCGCAUGCAUGUCUAUUUUGGUAAAGGGAGAAAGUCGGCAAAUGAAUCUGUUACCGAUCGUCGAUUUUUUAUCCGGAUGAUCAUUAGACAUUCCGAUUUUGUAACAAAGGAUGCAUCUUACGAAUACUUAGAAAAAGAAGGAGAAAGAUACUUGCUGGAAGCUUUAGAUACCUUGGAAGUACUUGUAAUAUCCCCAGAGGCAAGCACUGAUUGCAAUCAUAUAUUCCUUAAUUUUGUGCCUACUGUCAUUAUGGAUCCAACGAAAAUCGAAGAAAAUGUUCGCCGCAUGGUCCUUAGAUACGGCAAAAGAUUAUUAAGUCUCAGAGUCUUACAAGCCGAAAUCAAAAUGACGAUAAGGUUAUACAUGCAUGCGGAUCAAAUUGGGCUCCGAUUAGUACUUAACAGUGAAUCCGGAUAUUUCCUCAGUACAUAUUUAUAUCGGGAAUAUACUGAUAACAGAACAGGAAGAGUAACAUUUCAAUCCUAUGGAAAAGUCCAAGGACCAAUGCAUGGUCUAUCUAUAAGUGUCCCUUACAUGACGAAGGAUCACUUACAGUCUAAACGCUAUCAGGCUCAGCAGUACGGUACUACGUAUGUUUAUGACUUUCCGGAGCUGUUUAAACAGGCUGUCUCGUACGCAUGGGAUGAGUAUGCAAGAAUGAAUUCAGAUGUUACUAAGCCAGAUGUCUUGAUAUCUUGUGAAGAACUAGUUUUAGAUGAUCAAGGUCAACUUAUCGUCCUACAAAGACUUCCUGGAGAGAAUCAGAUUGGCAUGAUAGCCUGGAAAAUUAAACUUUUUGCACCUGAAUGUCCUGAAGGCAGAGAGAUCAUUUUAAUUGCUAAUGAUAUCACCCUUAAUAUUGGAUCAUUCGGUCUAUUAGAAGAUGAAGUGUUCAUGAAAGCUUCAGAACUUGCCAGACGUUUGGGUAUACCGCGUAUUUAUAUAUCUGUUAACAGUGGAGCUAGAAUUGGAUUAGCUGAAGAAGUUAAAAGUUUGUUUAAGAUUGCUUGGGAGAAUCAAAACUAUCCGGAACGGGGCUUCAAAUAUUUGUACUUAACACCUGCAGAUUUUGCCAAGUUUAGCAAGGCUAAAUCGGUUAAAGCUGAUCUGAUUGAAGAUGAAGGCGAAUCGCGCUAUAAAAUAACGGACAUUAUAGGAAUGAAAGAUGGCUUAGGUGUCGAAAAUCUUAGCGGUUCUGGAAUGAUCGCCGGCGAAACUUCUCAGGCGUACAAAGAUAUCGUCACUAUCAGCUUGGUUACUUGUCGUUCAGUUGGUAUUGGUGCAUACCUUAUAAGGCUUGGCCAAAGAGUUAUCCAAGCUGAGAAUACUAGUAUCAUCUUAACGGGAGCUCAGGCAUUAAAUAAGGUCCUAGGCCGGCAAGUUUAUACAUCUAAUGCUCAACUCGGCGGGGUUCAAAUUAUGUAUCACAAUGGUGUUUCGCAUCUGACUGUACACGAUGAUUUUGAGGGAAUCUAUAGCAUUGUUAAAUGGCUUUCAUUCGUUGCAAAGUCUAUUGCUAGACCACUAAAGUCUAGGGAUGCAGUUGAUAGAGAAAUUGGAUAUGUUCCUAGUAAAAGUUCAUUUGAUGCACGUUGGAUGUUAUCUGGAAAGGCAAAUAAUGAUGGUCAGUGGGUUAGUGGAUUUUUCGAUAAAGAUUCCUUUAUCGAAAUUCAGCGUCCAUGGGCUCAAACGGUUAUAGCUGGACGUGCCAGAUUGGGAGGUAUCCCUGUGGGUGUUAUUACUGCGGAAACGCGAGCUGUUGUAGCUGAAAUUCCUGCUGAUCCGGCAAAUACAGAAUCUGAAGCAGUGAUCUUGAGCCAGGCUGGUCAGGUAUGGUACCCAGACUCAUCGUAUAAGACGGCACAGGCGAUUAAUGAUUUUGGACGAGAAGGGCUACCGUUAAUGAUUUUUGCCAACUGGAGAGGAUUUUCUGGUGGACAAAGAGAUAUGUUUGAUGAAAUAUUGAAGUUUGGUUCAUACAUUGUCGAUGCUCUCAGAGAAUAUAAACAACCAAUUUUGAUUUAUAUCCCUCCAUGUGGUGAGCUUCGAGGAGGUGCUUGGGUAGUGUUAGAUCCUACUAUUAAUCCUAAUUACAUGGAAAUGUAUGCUGACAAAGAAAGCAGGGGAGGGGUCUUAGAGCCAGAAGGCACUGUUGCUAUCAAAUUUAAGAAAAAGGACAUCAUUAAAACAAUGAACAGAUUAGAUGCGAAUUAUGCCUCGUUAUCUACUGCAUGCCUUAACAAAGAUUUAAAAGCUGAAGAGAGAAAGAAAUUGGAAAAUGAAAAGCUAGAACGUGAGAACUUUCUAGCCCCGAUGUACCACGAGGCUGCCGUAAUGUUUGCAGACUUGCAUGAUACUGCUGGUAGAAUGCGUGAAAAGGGAGUUAUUCGGGAGAUAUUAGACUGGAAGACAAGCCGAAGAUAUUUCUAUUGGCGGUUGAAGCGAUUACUGGCCGAACACGAAAUAAAACAACUGAUCAGCGCGGCUAACCCGUAA